CGCUGUAUUGUCUGGUCCAGACUUGAUUAUUUACAGACCGCCGUCAUAGAGCUGGAAUAUUUCUGAAUGCGACGUCACACAACAAACAAACAAACAAACCGAGACUUGAAUGCUUGUGCACGGCAGUCCCUUGUUCAACGGAAAUGUGUUCUUACCCAACAUUCCGUUCACGCCGGUGUUUCAUGUUCGAUAAGCAGUAUUCUGAGUUCGAUAAACAAUAUAUUUAGGUAAUUUAACGUAUCCCCUUGUCAUGGGUUUUCGGACACUUAGGAAACAUUCGUUGAUUUCUCUCAAAUGACAUGAACAACUGUAAAAGGCACUUUCUCUUAAAAACAGCCAUCAUCGGAGUAUUUAAAAUGUCUGUGUGAUGCUAAACCCCGUCAUAGCGCGACUAACCGCGAUAAACAUGACCGUCCAAAAACGAUAAAAAACAACUUACAAACCGCAGAAAUUUUUGUCACGGGUUUGAAUAGUCGCGCCUCGUAACUUGCAGAGUAGCGUCCCUUUGAACAGACAACGUCACUGUGGCGACGUUUUCAUUCGUCAUCGACAAUCGCUGAAUGUGCACAUGCAAAGCACAUUGUCUCUGCUUUUGUUGAUGAUACACUGUCUUAUACGUCUACGGGACUUCUCAAACUCUUUCCAAAGAGUUAAUCAAGAAGAUUAUGUCUGCUCUCAAACUUGGUCUUGCCGCCUACCUGUCGACAUCAGGCACUGGGGUACGGAGACUCCCUUCUACCAUCGCCGGACAUGCCGCCCAACAGUUUUUCGAAGCAAUGGAUACGCUGCCUGCUUUUGGACCAAGUCAGUUCAGCAUCUUCGGGGAAGAGGCAAUGGACACCCAACGUUCCACAGGGCACAGCCAGUUCAGUAUAUUUUCGAACAAUGACAUGAACACAGUCCCUGCAAUGGGACAUGGGCAGUUCAGCAUCUUUGCCAAGGUAAGAAAACAUAUUUCUGAAUUCUUGAUAACGACUGAAUCUUAAUGCAUGAUUCUGGCUUUACCAAAUGUUUAUAAUCAUCUUAAAGACAUAAUCAGCUAUUCAAAACACUGUGUUAACAUAUCACUUUAUUUUAAUUUACAUAUUUAACACCUCAAUUUCUUUCAAAUACUCUACACCUCUAAACAUAUAGCACCUUGAAGAAGUGGACAUGUUGAAGUACACACCAGAUUGUAUUUCCUCUCUUCAGCCUCAAAGUUGGAAGACAUAGCUGUCAACCCCUGGAUGUCUAAAUGAGUGCGAAGCCAGGGUGAAAACUGGUUUUGAUUGCAAUCGCGAUAAAUCGAAAGAGAAAAGCGUUUCAAAAUAUGUUUCAUCCACAUUUUAUUUGAAUGCGUGAGAAUUUCUCAACCUUGCGUGUGAGCGUGACAUAGGUGAUAAAUGCGUGAGGCUCACGCGAGAUGCGUGAGAGUUGACAGGUAUGGGAAGAAUGUGAGCGGCACGUUUGGUACCAUGAAUCUGAGCCACACCCUGAAGACAGGGCACUGAAGUUCACCUUCAUAACUCAAGUGCAAGGCGGAUCGGCACAGAUGGACCUUGCCUAUGUAUAGGACCGACCUUGACCCUGCUGUGUGUAUAGGACCGACCUUGACCCUGCCUUGUGUAUCGGAGCGACACUUGAGUGCAUAGAUGAUCUUCAUAGGUAUACGAUUGUACCUCUUUUUUUUCAUCUUUGAGGGAAAGGAUGGACUUGGGUUUCAAAGAAUGGCUAAAAUUGUAUACAUGUUAUUGAGAGUUGUGUCUGGUCAUUUGAUGUAGUGAUGAGGUUGGAGUGCCUGUUUCUGAAAGGAUGGGGAUGAGUGAUAGAAGAUGACAGUGGAUGGGUUCGGUUUGGACAGGCAGCAUGGAGCAGGUUAGGAUAGUGUGUGAUCCAGUGAAAACAUCAAGGUAGCAUCAGCAAUAUUUCGGGGGGAGGAAGUGUAAUUGAAGUAAUAAAUAGAAAGAUGAUUUGGAACUAUACUAUUAAAAAAUGAGAUGUCAUUACCAUUAGUCAGUUUUACAUACUUGAUAUAAAUACCUAUACAUUAUGAUUGAGUUUACCAGAUAUAGAUACCAUUUGUUUUCAUGAAUACAUUCCUGGUAAACUGUAAAUACAUAUGAAUUUAGUAUGAUAUGUAUUUGCUGAGUACAAUUUUACCACAUAACCAUAGCCAUGUACAAAAGUACUGUGUGUAGAUAGUCUCUAAAAUAGCAUUUUGUGAUCUUUAUAUAGUGUUAUUGUUACACGGUGUUAUUAUUACUAUAAAUAUAUUGAUUAAUAUAUUUUGAUAUCUCUCAAUAAGAACUUCCUACGUAACAUGUGAAUGUAUAUAUGUAUAUGAAAUUUAUCAAAACAGUUUACACCUCAUAAAUUAUACCAAACAUCUUAUUUUAAAAAAUAUGUUGGUAUGUUCUUAAAAAUAUCCAACAUGUGAUCCAUAAAAAAGUACUAUUGUUAUGAAUGUUUAUUAUGACUUUACAUUUAUUGAUUAAUUUAUUGAUAUUUAAAAAAAGAGCUUCCUACAUAAUCUAUGAGUUUAUAUAUUUAUAAUGCUGUUUAGUAGAACAUUUCCACCUCAUAAUUCAUAAAUAAUGUGUGCAUGGAUUCUUUACAA